ACAAUACUGCACACACGUGACCUCCCUGUUUUCACCCAGUUUAACGCAUGUACUUAAAAGACAGGCCACUGGGCCAUUCAGCAACACAAGCACGAUUCCCACAGCAUCCAUGUCAUCCAGGUAAGACCGCUGCUGCUGCUGCUGCUGCGGGCACGAGGAUCGCUGGAAGCGGACCAUGGCGGCGGCCACGAGCAGCAACACAUCCACGCUCCAGAUGAAGCACCCCAGCAUCGAGCAUACGCGGAAACGCAUCGACCCGCGGAGGAGGCAAGCGGCGCUGUCCUUUCUCAGCAACAUCUCCCUGGACGGUCGACCCGUGCAGGACGAUGCAGACAACCACAGCGACGAGGAGAGCUCGCUGGAGCCGAGGACUAGACACAGCCUGGUUUCCCCGGAGCGCUCUGCGUACGGGGCGGCAGCAGCAGCCUGGUGCCGCUGCCCCGGAGCUGGAGCCGCCGCCGCCGCCGCUGCGGCUGCUGCGGCUGCUGCUGCCGCGGCGGCGACCACAGCCGCCCAGGCGCUCGCCUUCGCAAACCAGGCUCUCCUCUCCGGCAGCCGGACCUGCUUCGGGACGGGUCCCGCAGCUGCCACGGCGGCGGACGGGGAUGGCGACGCUUUCCUGCCCUCCUCCUCGGCGUUCAGCUCGCCCUUCUCCGCCGUCCCAGCCUCGGCCAGGGGGAGGCUGCAGACGUACACUCAGGGAAUCCUGCCUGCCUCCUACUCCAGACAGUCCUCCCAGAACUACUGCCUGGAGGGCGGACAGAUAGCCAACUCUGCCAUAGAGCUCCAGAGGUCGAGACGAAGACUAAUCUCUCAGCGCUCUUCGCUUGAAACACUAGAAGACAUUGAGGAGAAUGCUCCUCUACGCAGAUGCCGAACCCUAUCUGGUUCCCCUCGACCAAAGAGCUUCAAGAAAGUCCACUUCAUAAAGAACAUGAGGCAACAUGAUAUGCGCAAUGGAAGGAUAGUCCUUAUCAGUGGCAGAAGAUCCCUCUAUAGUGUAUUUUCUGUCCUGCCCUAUCGUGAUUGUAGCCAAGCAGGGGAUGUAAAGCUGGAAGGAGGGCGUCAGCGGCACCCGUCAGGAAGUGUCAGUGCCAAGGAGAUGGUGAUUGGACUGGAGGGGGUGGAGUUAGGAGCAGAUGGAAAGACUGUAUCCUACACCCAGUUCCUGUAUCCCACCAAUGCGCUGGGUGGUCGAAGAAACACCAUCGACUCCACCUCUUCCUUCUCUCAGUCUCGUAACGCCAGCCACCGCAGCCUCAGCUUGGGCCGAGCCAACAGCAACCAGAGCAGCAUAGACACAGGGAAUGAUUUGGCUGAAUUUCGUGAGUACGACCCCAAUCUGCUGGAUGACCCCCAGUGGCCUUGUGGAAAACACAAGCGAGUCCUCAUCUUCCCCUCGUACAUGACGACGGUCAUCGAAUACGUCAAACCGUCUGACCUCAAGAAGGACAUGAACGAAACCUUCAAGGAGAAAUUCCCCCACAUUAGGCUCACGCUCAGCAAGAUAAGGAGCUUGAAAAGGGAGAUACGGAAGCUGGCUCAGGAUGAGUGUGGUUACGAGGAACCCACGGUGGCCAUGGCUUUCGUCUACUUUGAAAAACUCGUUCUUCAAGGCAAACUAAACAAGCAGAACCGUAAACUCUGUGCCGGAGCUUGUGUCCUUCUGGCGGCGAAGAUCGGUGGUGAUCUUAAGAAACAUGAAGUCAAGCACUUGAUAGACAAACUGGAGGAGAGGUUCCGGGUGAACCGCCGAGAGCUGAUCGCCUUCGAGUUCCCUGUCCUGGUGGCACUGGAGUUCAACCUGCACCUGCCCGAAAACGAGGUCAUGCCCCACUACAGACGCCUGCUGCAGACCACCUAGCAUUGGUGACCCAUCAGGAGGAUGACCACCAUGUUCUCCUGAUCCACAUCCCUCGGUAUCCAUCCUCUCACCUUCCUCCUCCUCCUCCUCCUCCUCGUCUUGAAAGCUUCAAGGCGCCACUUCAAGGUUGUCACUCAACUGCGGCAGGUCCUCGCUUUGACAACACUCUCCUUCAUCUCAGAGACCUGGAAUCAGCCAAAGGGACACACAUUUUUAAAGAGACUUUUUUCCAUUUAUCGACUUCUACAUUCAUAAUCACUACAUGGACUUGUGAAAGAAAGAGUUUAAUCGUCUGCAAACGAGCUGUUUUUCUAGUUUGACAUCUCUUCAUCUUCACUUUGUGUAUUUUAGACUUCUCUUGUUGCUUAAGAGAGCUGUUUUUCAUUUGAAUCUUGAAUUUUUCUCCACAGUUAAAGCAACCAAUGAUUGUAGUUAUUUUUUUUUUUUUAAUCAUCUCUCGUCAUUUAUCUCCUUCUUGUAGACUUUGGUAGGAUCGGUUGCCUCCUGAGCUGCAUAAAACCUAAACAAAAGCCUUGUAAGUGGCUGGUUUUGGCUGGACUGUUAUUCCUCAGAGAUUGUUUUUUGCAAGUCAUCGUCUUAAAAGUGCACUUUUUUGAAAACUGCGAGUCAUAGGCCCAACGGGGACAUGUUAUUUUUUCAGACUUUUAAUGAGCUCGGGAACUAACCUUGAAAAAUAGUUCUCCAGCACCACACGUGUCAUUCCUCCUUUGAUCUGUUUCUCCAUCUUGUGUUGUAUUCAAUAUUUCUUAAGCCACAAGUAUCCGCAUGAUUGUUGAGAUGGGACUUCUCCUCUUUUCCACUCAUUUUCUACCAGUCAGACGCUUGCCACGGACUCACAGAGACCAGACCCACUUUGAUCAGUGUUGAAUUUCCCGUGCUCUAUGUUAGAGUGUAUCGUUAGCACGUUUACGGUGCUAUACUGGGGUCAAGACGGUCGUUCUGACGAGUUGUUCCCGAGUGCAAACGCAGCCAUCAACCAGUGACGAGGAUUGGCAGCAGGGCGCUCUCGUGUGGAGAGAGAAUGUCCUUAACCUCGUGGAUGUGGGUUAAGACCCUGUGCCGGUAAUCCUGCUGAAGUGUCCUUGAGCAAGACACAGAGUAGCUCCAGGCUUUAGGGACACUGCUCUUUGCCUGACCUCCGAGGAGGAGACAAAUCUAAACGAGACCUUGAAAAGGAUCAAACAUUUAGAUAGAACUUUGAAAUAAUGAUUGUUGUUUAGGAAAAUAAACACUGAAAUUUAGGGGGAAAUUGUGCCAAUAUGACCAAUUUAAAUAAGUAUUAUUCCAUUUACUUGGCAUGUAUCUCAACUUGAUUGCUUUUUUAUUACCUUGAAAUCUUCUCACACAAAACCACAGAGUAUUGAGCAGCCACCAGAUCAGGAACAUACAGUCGACCGACUGGUAUUUACUGCUGAUAUAUGAAGGUAUUUGAGCUGAAAUGAUCACAAAACCAAAUUUUGUAAAGACGAACGCAUGUGUGCUGAUUUAAGGUGAAAAAAAAAUACCGAGCUUCUUUCUGAUUGCAAGCCCAAAGAUUUCGCUGUAAGAUGCACUCUGACUCUGUGAGGAAACACUCACGGGUGACACUCACUACCUGUGUAUGUUUGUAAAUAAACUGCUUUGCUUGUUCAAUCAAA